AUGCUAGCCGUGCACUUUGACCAGCCGGGAGGACCAGAAAACCUCUACCUGAAGGAGGUGCCCAGGCCCAUCCCGGGAGAGGGAGAAGUGCUCCUGAAGGUGGCAGCCAGUGCCCUGAACCGGGCCGACAUUCUCCAGAGACAAGGACAAUAUGCACCACCCCCAGGAGCAAGCGAUAUUUUGGGAAUUGAGGCAUCUGGACACGUGGCAGAGCUGGGGCCUGGCUGCCAGAGGCACUGGAAGAUCGGGGACGCAGCUAUGGCUCUGAUGCCUGGCGGGGGUCAGGCUCAAUAUGUCACGGUCCCUGAAGGGUUCCUCAUGCCCAUCCCAGCAGGACUGACUCUGCCACAGGCUGCAGCCAUCCCAGAGGCCUGGCUCACCGCCUUCCAGCUGUUACACCUCGUGGGACAAGUUCAGGCCGGAGAGUCUGUGCUAAUCCACGCAGGAGCAAGCGGGGUGGGCACAGCGGCCAUCCAGCUCGCCCGGAUAGCGGGAGCCAUACCCCUGGUCACCGUUGGCGCCCAGGACAAGCUUCAAAUGGCAGAAAAACUCGGAGCAGCUGCCGGAUUUAACUACAAAGAAGAGGACUUUUCCGAAGCAGCAAUGAAAUUCACCAAAGGUGCUGGAGUCAACCUUAUUUUAGACUGCAUAGGAGGAUCCUACUGGGAGAAAAAUGUCAACUGCCUGGCUCUUGACGGCCGCUGGGUUCUCUACGGUCUGAUGGGGGGAGCCGACGUCAAUGGGCCUCUGUUGUCGAAACUGCUUUUUAAGCGAGGAACUCUGGUCGCCAGUCUGCUGAGAUCUAGGGACAAAAAGUACAAGCAAAUGAUGGUGAAGGCUUUUACGGAGCAAAUUGUGCCCCACUUCUCCAUGGAGGGCCCCCAACGUAUACAGCCGGUUCUGGACAGAAUCUACCCUCUGGCUGAAAUCCAAGAGGCCCACAAGUACAUGGAGAGUAAUAAGCACAUGGGCAAAAUCGUCCUGGAGAUGCCCCAGUGA